GGGGCCGGCGGGGCUCGGCCGCGGCUCUAUCAACGUGAGCGCAGUGCGCGAGACCGACGCCGGCCUGUACCGCUGUCGCGUGCUCUUCCCCAACCGCUCGCCGCCGGCGCGUAACAAUGGCACCUUCUACUAUCUCGAGGUUGACGGAGGGAACCUAAUCGUGACCCCACCCAUGAACACGACUGUGGUGGAGGGUGAGCGCGCCGAGCUGGAGUGCGCGCCCCGCGAGACUGGUGCCGCAGUGCAGUGGCGUCGCGUGGGCGGCGGCGACACGCAGGCGGCCGCGCCCAACGGCAGCCUGGUGCUGUCCCGCGCCGCCGCCGCUGACCUGGGCGAGUACGAGUGCCUCGUGCGCGCGCUCGAUGGCCAGCUGCAGACCGCCAGCGCAUUCCUCGACGUGCACUAUAAAGCGAAAGUAGUGUAUUCGCCUAAGGAAAGAUACCUGGCCGCGGGCAAGGCGGCGAGCCUCGAUUGCCAUUUUAGCGCCAACCCGCCGCUCACUAACCUACGCUGGGAGAAAGACGGUUUCCUCUUCGACCCCUACAAUGUUCCCGGCGUCUUUUACAGUAUGAACGGCAGUUUAUUGUUUAACCGCGUGGACGAGUCGCACGAGGGAGUGUACUCGUGCACGCCGUACAACGCUCUCGGCACGGAGGGCGCGUCGGGCGGCGUGCGCGUGCGCGUGCUGCGCGCGCCUCGGCUGAGUGCGCGCCCGCAACCGCUCUACGUGGCGCGUCUCGGCGACACGCUCACGCUGCCGUGCGCCGCCGCCGCGCCGCCGCACCGCGCCGAGCCCGCGCCCACGCUGCGCUGGACCCGGAAAGAUGGCAGCUCGCUCCCGGAAGAGCGACACUCGCUGCGGGACGGAAACCUAACCAUCAGCGAGCUGUCAGAGGAGGACCGCGGCGUGUACGUGUGCACGGCCAGCAACGAGGCCGCCGACGUCGUAGCUGAGACUGAGCUGCUCAUCGAGAACGUGCCGCCGCGCGCACCAUACAACUUGACGGCGCGCCCCGCCUCGCGUACCAUACACCUCUCCUGGGUGCCCGGCGGCAGCGGCGUGGACGCGGAGUACACGGUGUGGUACCGCGAGCGCGACGCGGGCGGCGAGUGGCGCACCAUGCGGCUGCUGUCGCGCGGCGUCGCCGAAGCCACGGUGCUGGGCCUGCGCUCCGCCGCCGACUACGAGCUGCGAGUGCUGGCUCAGGAUCACUUGGGCGAUGGCCUUUUCAGCAAACCCCUUUUCGUUCGAACACUGGAUUCAGAGAUAAGUGAAGACCUCGGCACGGCGUCAGCGGCGGCGAUUACCGAGAGCGACGCAACGGCGAGCGGCGACGACGGCGGCGAUGAUGGCAACGGAGAGGACGGCGAGAUGGAAGUGACCGUGCGGCUGAUCGAGGAGGGCGCGCUGGUGCGCUGGAGCCGCGCGCCGCACGACGAUAGCCGCUGCUCCGUGCGGUGGUACCGAGGCGAGGCGCGCGACCCGCUCGCCGCCGCGCACACGCACCAAGACUACCUGCUCGUGAGUGAAGUGGAAGAGGGCGCGGAGUAUGUGGCGCGCGUGUGGUGCGCGAGCGGCGCGCGCGGCGGCGCGGAGCUGCGAGUCCCGCAGUACGCACGGUUGCGCGGCGUGGCGGCGGGCGCUGCGGCCGCGGCGCUACUGCUGGCGGCCGCAGCGGGCGCGCUGUGGGCCGCCCGACACCGCCUGCGCCGCACUCCCCGCACCCCCCACGCCCGCCGCGACAAGCGCUGA